AUGGUAUUGCAUCUACAAGAUGAUUCAAAAUAUGCAAAAGGAUGGCCAUGUAUUUCAAGUUCAGAUUUACUCAGACAGUUAGAAAAUUUUAUGUCUGCUGUUAUUAUCAAUGGAUUUGGUACAGAGAAUGGUGUGUUAUUUAUUAAACCGACAAGACGACAAGUUGACGGUUCUCAUCGAUAUUAUUUUUGUAAAGAAUCACCUGAUGGAAAAAUUUUUCUAUAUAAGAAAAUGGGAGCGGGUAAAUUCUUUAAAAUCUAUACAAAUAAAGAAGAAACCGUCGAAGUUUUAACCUAUAUUAUUAAUUAUAUGAAACAUAGGGGUGCAUAUCCAACAAUUAAAGAUGUUGAACAACAUUAUGAAGAUGCACAAGUAAUAAUUGCUCGUGAACGAAUCCAGAUUUGUUUAAAUAUAGUUCAUUCCGAAAUAAAAGUUGUAUCAAUGACAACAACAGUAAUAGCAGCAGAACCUGCAUCAAAACAAAACAAAGGUUCACAAAGUCCUCGUUCGCCAUUAUCAUCUUCAGCAACAGCGGUUGCCAGUCCACCUUCAAAUGAUAAUGAUACAAAACCUAGAAAACGUACUCAUGCUGCUGCUACUAAUUCUUCAACUCAGAUAAAUAGAUGCUGA